GUGGAGUGAACACACACACGCUCACACACACACAGAGUGGUGGAGUUAAAGCCUGAACACCGUCUCAGCUCAUCAUCACAGAGCUGCUGCCGUUGCCGUGUGUGAGUGAGUGACGGGCGACGUGUGUGUGUGAGAAAGUGUGUGUGAGUGAGCAGGUCUCUGAUCUGGAUCCUCGCACAGGGACUUUAGUCAACUCCACGUCCACCGAGGCUUCUGCUCCAAGAAAACCUUCGUCCAUCACUUCCCCGACUCAGAGCUCCGGAGGACGGACAUCACGGAUGCAGCUCAUGGCGUUGAUGGUGAACAUGUGCUGGAUGUUGGCACUGAGUACCUGCUUGGUGCUGACGGUGCGAGCGGAGUGCACUAGGGAGUGCGCGCUCUGUCUGUACGGCUCGUUAGCGCCGCAGCAAGCGGACAGCAGCACCGGGCCCUGCACACUGGAGUGCGGAAGCAGCGUGGAUCUGAGGAAGCUGGGCCUCUGUCGUAAUGCUCUGAGCGAAGACGAGCGUGCCACCGCGAACGAAAAACCAGAACCCGACAGCACCGAGCACCUUCUGACCAAGAAAUAUGGCGGCUUCAUGAAACGCUACGGUGGCUUCAUGAUGAAGAAGAGCCCGGAAGAUUUCGCCAAGGACGAAUCUGACGGAGUUUCUGAGGAAGAGCUGGACAUCUUGAGGGAGAUCCUGAGGGCGGGCCUGGACACCAAGGAGCAGGGCAAGGAGCUUCAGAAGCGCUACGGAGGCUUCAUGCGCAGGGUGGGGAGACCGCAGUGGCUGGACGAACCCAAACCUUACGGUCUUCACAAGCGCUGGGAGAACGAGGGAGCGGAGAACGUCUUGCCCGAGACGCACAAGAGAUACGGAGGCUUCAUGGAUUAGGAGCUAAAGCAAAGAUUCAAAACGGACACUAGUCGUCGCUAACAAUCCCAAAUGUGUGCACAGCUUGCGACUUCACAUUGAUUUAUUAUUGAUGUAUUAACACGUUGCCAAGUCAUUUUCUUUCUUCUUUUUCUUUUGUGCCUAAGCUAAGAUGGCUAAUUCAUAAUGAGUGAUUCUUUGAACAACUCUUUAAAGUGAAUCAUAUCAGUGAAUCAAUUUGUAAGCAAAUCCAAAUUUUAUUUAUUUUUUGAAAGUUUAUUAUUUUAAUGUUGUGUCCGUUUCUCGAAUUACAAUAAAAACAUCCACUGAGCAGAGAGACAUUAUUUCAAAAUUAUUAUUAAAAACUAUUAUUAUGGGGUUUUUUUGCUGUCUUGCUGAAUUAGAUUCACAAACCAAGAUUUAAAAGCUGAACAAUUAAACAAAAUAGCUUCUAUGUUUAUAUAUAUAUAUAUAUAUAUAUGUAUGUAUAUAUAUUCCAAUCCUAAAAAAGAGAGAAACCUGUCAUUUAAAUAAACAGCAGUAAUAAUAUGAACCCAUGUUGUGGUUUGUUUAAUGGUGAAAGAUAUGAAUCAGCAUUUGAUUCAUUUCAAAUGAGUAGUUCAAAAGAAUCAAAUGACUAAAAAAAGUGAGUCGUGACACCAGUGGCUUCUUUGCUUAUGUGUGUAUCUCCUGAAUAAAGUCUGUUCAGUAGUUUAAGUGUGUGUUUUUAGUGGUUUAUUCGAAUGUCUACAACAUGCCUCUAUCUAUCUAUCUAUCUAUCUAUCUAUCUAUCUAUCUAUCUAUCUAUCUAUCUAUCUAUCUAUCUAUCUAUCUAUCUAUCUAUCUAUCUAUCUAUCUAUCUAUCCCUGAUUUUUUUGGACAGAUAGAGAUACCUGUCAACAACAUACCAUGCUUUCUCCAUCCAGUAGUGCUGUGAUUCAUUACACCAAAUCAAGUGAAUUGUUUUUUAUUUUUGAUAGACGUACGUACAAGUUUUCGUCGACGUGUUGAUGAUGACGACGGUGUGUGUCUCUCGUUCAUCUCAUGAUGUGUUUCAGUCAUUUCUGAUCACUUGGCUGUACAGAGUACAAUAAAUUCAUCUGACUGCAGCAAUCAAA